AGCCGUGCCUGGGCUCGCAUGCAAAAGCCAUCGCCUCCCCUCCGCUCCAACUAUUUUAAUCAUUUCAAAAAGGGUGGGUCAUCAGGCAUUUGGCUGUGGUUCCUUUUAUAUAGCUAAGGUGGAGUCAGCCAAUGGCCUGCAAGCCUGGAAAAAUUUGCAGGGCAGUUUCCCUGGACAGCUUUGCAGAGCUGUGCCAUUUGAAUUCAAGCACGCGCACACACACACACACGCACUGUGCUCUCCAUUUCUGGCUUGCCUCCCAGCACAGAGAGUUGAGCUAGAGCUCGGGUUCACUUUUUUCUUCUCACUCUCCUCCCGGCAGCGACAGCUUCUCCAGGCUCUGCUAGUCGGGACUCCCAAGCAAGCAUGGCGGACACCCCUUUGCAAAUCAUUGAGCAGCCCGCUCCUUCCGAGACCUCCGAGGAGCAGGUGGCCGAGGAGCCGAUUAAAUCAGAUCAGAUCAAUGGCGUGAUGGUGCUCACCCUCCUGGACAAGAUCAUCGGGGCGGUGGAUCAGAUCCAACUGACCCAGACGCAGCUGGAGGAGAGGCAACAAGAGAUGGAUAGCGCAGUGGCCAGCAUCCAGGGGGAACUUACCAAGCUCACCAAAGCACACACCACCACCAGCAACACCGUGAACAAGAUGCUCGAGAAAGUACGCAAGGUGAGCGUCAACGUGAAAACCGUCCGGCAGAACCUGGAGAAGCAAGCCGGGCAGAUCAAGAAGCUGGAGGUCAACGAGGCGGAGCUGUUGAAGCGAAGGAACUUCAAAGUCAUGAUCUACCAGCCUGAGAAGACCCUGAGUGUGCCCUCUGAUCCUGCGUCCGAGAAUCCGCCCUCUGACCCUGCACCUGAGAAUCCGCCCUCUGACCCUGCGCCCAAGAAUCUGCCCUCUGACCCUGCGCCCGAGAAUCUGCCCUGGCCCCAACCAGCAGCGGACUUGAAGGGAGGCGGCAGAUUUAGGGCAUCAGAAGCAUCACCUGAAGACUGUGUUGAGCCUCUUCUCCUGAAACUCUAAAAGCUGCCGCGGGCAGUGCCAGGCCCCGCUGCUGCCCACUUCUUGGUGGCUGCACUCGCAGUACGGCUAGUAAGGCAGAUAUUUAUAGUUGGCAUAAAUGCCUCCGCGGAUUGAAUAGUCUGUUUGCUGCAUGAUAAUGGUGCUGUCGUUUUGGGGCUGUGCAAGAAACCGUGAUCUCCUCUCCA